AUGCAGGCGAAUGUAAGAAGAGGUGCAAAUGCGCAUAGUAUUGUGCUUAAACUUGCGGAGGACAAUCAAACUGACAUCCUCUUGGCUCAUGAGAUUUGGACUCUAAGAGAUCUUUCUGUAAGGCGGCCGAUAUUGCACCAAAAUUUCUUGUGCUUCUCGCCCCUCUCUGAAUGGUACUCACAUCCUAGGGCCCUGGCUUACGUUCGAAAAUCGCAAGGGCUUCACCCACAUCAGAACGAUAUAGAUAUCUCUACUAACUGUGUACAAAUUGCCACUGAAGGGGGCAUGGACGCAAAAUUAAUGUAUGGAAUGUUUAAGACACCCUGGAAAACUGUGAAGGUGCCGGAGACUGUCUGA